AUGCAUCUGACCAGGAAGAAAUGCCUGCUGCUGAACAACCUGCUGGCGAUCGCGGCGGCCGUGAUGAUGGUGCUGAGCAAGACGGCCGUGUCCUUCGAGAUGAUCAUGGCGGCUAGGUUUAUCUAUGGCAUCAACGCAGGGGCAGCCAUGCUGGUGCACGGCCUGUACCUGUCCGAGAGCGCCCCCAAGAGGCUGCGAGGGAUGGUGGCCUUCACCAUGACAAACUUCAUCUGCAUUGGAAAAUUCACUGGCCAGCUCCUCGGCAUCAGUGAGCUGCUGGGUACAGAGGAGCGGUGGCCAUGGUUAUUGGGGGUCGGUGGUGUGACGGGGCUGCUGCAGAUGAUGACACUGCCCCUGCUGCCAGAGUCGCCCCGGUACCUGCUGAUCAUGAAGGGAGACGUCCAGGCCUGCGAACAGGCCAUGGAUCGUCUGUGGGGCGGUGGUGUGGACCACAGUGUUGAGAUGGCAGACAUGUGUGAGGAGGCGGCGGUGUUGAAGGGGGUGAAGAGGAGGGGGGUUCUGGACCUCCUGAGGGAGCCCUCGCUACGCUGGCAACUCCUCACCGUCAUCUGCCUCUUCACCCAAAUACAGAUGAAUGGAGUCAAUGCAGUGUACCAGUAUGCGUUCGAGGUGUUCAGGGAGGCAGGUAUAGCUCCUGAUCAGAUGCGCUAUGCUGCUCUGGGCACCAGCCUGUGUGAGCUCUCCUCAUCCAUCCUCUGCGUUCUGGUUAUAGAGCGGACAGGCAAGAAGCUACUUCAGCUGUGGGGACUCUUUGGGAUGACCGGCAUCCUGGCCCUACUCACAGUUACUUUGUACUUACAGAGUGUGCUGUGGUGGAUGGCCUAUCUCAGCUUGGUCUUGAUCUUCCUCCACAUCUUUAUCUCCUGUGCACCAGCGGGUGUGACGGUGCCCAUAGCUGGGGACCUGUUUGACCAAUCCUUCAAGGCAGCUGGAUUCACCAUCGGCACCACCGUCAACUGGACAUGGCUCUUCCUCGUGGGGAUGCUGUUUCCAGUCAUAGUGGAAUACCUGGACUACCUCUGUUUCCUCAUCUUCCUGAUGUUCUGUCUGGGCACCGGCCUCUUUGUCCAGUUCCACGUUCCGGAGACGCGGAACCGCACAGUUCUAGAGAUCGCCGCAGAGUACAAGAGGAUGCACACGAGACACGCAUCUGCCUCUGCCUCUGCCUCGGAUGUUGAGAAACACCACCCGCCUGUCUCUGACAACAAACACCCACCUGUGGAUGUGCAACGCACAGCAGUUGUACCGGUGGCGAGACACACGCAGGUGGCGUGGAUUAAAGACCGGACCGAAACCGAAGUGGUGCGGCCGGGCCAAAAUGAGAUGGUGCAUGCCACCAGACUCUGA